AUGGGUUUACUCAGACUUGUUGUUUGUAUCACUGGAGUAUACGCUGCCUUCUUAUUAUGGGCCAUCGCACAAGAACGACUGUCAUCCCCAUUCCCCUCCACCCUCCCCACCCCCAAAACCCAAUCCGAUCCAGAUAUAUUCCCCUCACCUUUGUUCUUAAACUUCGCUCAGGCCGUCGCUUCUUCCCUUUCUGCGUGCCUAUAUCUUCUUUUUGGGAAAUUAUCUCAGAGAAGAAUAAACGAACUUGGACAAGGGAGAAAGACUUUAAUGAGACUCUUAUUACAAGUAUCAAUUUGUCAAACUUUAGCUGGUCCUAUUGGAUUCAUGGCUUUAAGACAUAUUUCUUAUCCUACUAUGGUACUUGGCAAGUCUUGUAAACUCAUCCCAGUCAUGCUCCUAAAUGUCAUCCUUUACCGCCGUCGGUUCUCCGCUCAUAAAUACGUGGUAGUAGGAUUGGUCACUGUGGGAAUUAGCAUGUUCAUGUUGCUUGCUCCUUCAAAGGGGAAAGGUAGGCAUAGUGGGGAUAGUAUCUGGGGGUUGGCUUUGUUAUUGAUCAACUUGCUCAUCGACGGAAUUACCAACUCGACCCAAGAUCAAAUAUUCUCUUCCUACCCCUUGACGGGUCAACAGAUGAUGUUACACAUGUCCCUCUUCUCUCAAAUCCUUCUUCUUCCCCCUCUCCUAUUGCCUCACCACCUCUCUCCAUCCUUCACAUUAUCUCCUCCCGCCAUACUAUCUUGUCUCCGUUUCCUUCAUUCUCACCCUACUUCCCUCCCUCCCCUCCUCGCCUAUGCCUUACUAGGAGGUCUAGGUCAACUAUUCAUCUUUGAAACAAUCCAGCAUUUCGGUUCCCUCACUCUGGUAAUGCUCACCGUCACUCGAAAAUUAUUCACCAUGCUCCUAAGUGUUGUCGUAUUUCAUCAUCGUUUAGCGUGGGGUCAAUGGUUAGGCGUGGGGGUGGUGUUCGCGGGUAUAGGGGUGGAAGCGGGAAUGAAAAGAAGGGAAAUGGUACGAAGAGCCAAGCGGGAUUGA